CGCGCAUCCGGCCAAUCACAGAGGACGACGCUGCAGCGCUCGCAUCGACCUGCGAUCGUUUAGUCGUCCUGGGACGCUAGGGAAACGAAGGCUAGCACGUGGAAAUCGGGAUUUUUUUUGGGGGGGUAACAAGGGUAACUUGGUGCCUUCUGCUAAACGGUUUAUCCCAACAACCACCCGGAAGAGAAGGUCACCCCCUCGGCUCACUGCUCCAGCGGUGCUUAAUCAUGGCGGACAACGUCGACGAGGACGCUCCGUACAGAAUUAAAGAGGAGGACUACGUCGUGUUGAAACGGGGCGACAUCUUCAAAGCCGUGCAAAUUGUACCGAAGAAGAAGGUGAUCUUUGAGAAGCAGUGGUUCUUCCUGGACAACGCCGUGGGGCAGCUGUACGGCAGCACCUUCGACAUCGUGCCCGGGGGGACCCUGCAGCCGCGGAAGCCCAAAGACGCGGAGAGCCCCGCCGAUGCAAAGGAGGCGGGCACGGACAACAGGAACAUUCAGGACGAUGGCAAAUCCCAGAAGCUGACCAGGGAUGACAUCGAGAACUUCAAGGAGCAAGGUCUAACAGAUCAGCAAAUCAUUCAGCAGCUUGUAGACAACAGCUCAACAUUCAUAGGGAAGACCAAAUAUGCCCAGGACAAGUACAUCAAGAAGAAAAAAAAGAAGUAUGAAAACAUCGUAACGAUUCUAAAACCGUCCUGUCGCAUCCUGGCCUUGAUGUACCACGGCCGGGAACCAGGGAAGAUCUGCCACCUCAGGUACGACACGCUUGCCCAGAUGUUGACCCUGGCGAACAUCCACGCGGGCAGCAAAGUUUUGGUGUUCGAGACCUGCGCCGGCCUGUUGCUGGGAUCCGUCAUGGAAAGAAUGGGGGGCUACGGCUCAGUGAUCCAAAUGUACCCGGGAGGUGGCCCCGUGCGGGCGGGUGUGGAGAGCUUUGGCUUCCCUGCACAUUUUCACGAUACGCUGCACGAGUUUCCCGUCUGCCAUGUCAACGCUCUCCUGGCAGGCACCCUGGACACCGCCCCCCCCAAAGACGCCAGUGCUGAUUCAACGCAGUCCGACGCGGCGGGAGAGGAGGAGCCGGACCCGCCGACGACCGAACCGACGAGCGGUCCGCAGGAAGUGAAAAUGGAGACGAACAGUGCCGCUGAUGACGUCUGCGACCCGGAGAAAGAAGCGCGGGAGAAACGCAUAGAAGCCAAAGCCGAGGAAAGAAAGGUGAAGCAGGAGGAGAAGAGGAAGAAGCUGGCGUCCGCUGCUGCCCUGCUGGAAGGCAGGAAUGCCGACGGGUUGGUUAUAGCCAGUCGCUUUCACCCGUGUCCCGUCCUGAUGGGCAUGCUCAAGUUCCUCGCCCCCUCCAGGCCUUUUGUGGUCUACUCCCAGUACAAAGAGCCGCUGAUCGAGUGCUACACAAAACUCAAAGAACAAGGCGGCGCGGUCAACCUCAGGCUCGCAGACACGUGGCUCAGACAUUAUCAGGUGUUGCCUAACAGGACGCAUCCCGUGCUACUGAUGAGCGGCGGCGGGGGCUUCCUCCUCUCGGGAACGACGGUGGCCGCGGACGCCCCCAAACCCGCCGGCGCCCAGCGAGCCGAGGGGCCGGCGCCGAAGAGGCUCAAAGUGGCGUAAACGGAUACGGAGGCAUUAGAUCUUUUUUUUCCGCCAUCGACUUCUUUCGGCUGAUUUGACGCCUCCGGUGUGAGCGAGACGCCGUGUCUGGUUCGCGUUCAUCGUCCUCCAUCUUGCGUGGAGGAAGGCGUAAUGGCGAGGAGUCGCCCGUAAGCCAGUUUAGCUUUUGUAUUCUGUAACGAGCUGCAGGAGGAGUCUUUGUGUGCGAUGAGGGUAAACAACACAUUUGUUUCUCGUGCCUCGAGGCGAUCUGUGAAAGCUUUUCUUUCUUAAAGUUAAUGGUCUCCACCUUCUAGUUUUUUAUUUUUAUUAUUUUUUUUAUCCCUGCAGAAAGGUCCAUUUGUUUGAUGGUCCAGCUGCUGGUGCAGCUUGACUGUGGUUGACAUCUGUAUCUGCACAGAAUAAAAAACGCAGUACAAAAAGAGA